UUGCGGAGAGAGUUGUUCAUGUUUAGUAAUAUUUUUGGACCACAGGAUGAUAUGUAUGAAUUUAAAUUCCCAGCCUCUCUCGCUGCCAUUUUCCAUGCAUCCACCGGUGUCCUUUCUAUCACCUGACUGCUCCACCAAUCAACACACCUGCUCACCCCCUGGCUGUCCCAAUCCCACUCCCGUUUCUCGCGUGGGUUUGUGCACGAGCCCACCUACUGUUUUCCUGUGUUACUUCAAAAUGUGGCACGGGAUCGUUUUAAAGCCACCAGAACCUAAACCUGCGCCUGCCUGGACUUCUCUCUGCUCCUUUUCAGCGACUCUGUGGAUUUAUUUUAACGUCUGUUUGGACUUCUUGGACUUGUUACUCUUCACUAGGCUGCAGUGAAAAAGUCACCCUUGCCUGAACACAAUGCACCUGUAGGGAUUGUUCUGCAAAGAAAGUCAGGCAUUGUCAUGGUUGCCGGACGCAAACACCUGAAUUCAUUUGACUUUCAAAAUCCUCAGAAGACUCCUCGGGAAAUACACGUGCCAUGGACUGCAUGCAUCAACAAUGGGCCUCCACAAAGAAAUUGCAACUAUAACAUCACUCUGGUCCAUAACAAGUCCGAAGACAACACAGUGUUUCUGUGUGGAAGUAAUGAUAAGGGAACAAUGUGCUGUGACAUGAAUUUAGCAGAGCAGUCACCCAGGUGCAGUCAGCUGAAAGAAAUAAAUAAAAGCAUAAGGGAAUUUGUCAUAAAGGAAGGUGAAGCAUCUGCUCUUGUAGAUCAUGAUCUCUAUAUUACAUACUCUGGAUCUCAAGAGUAUGUUGGCAUCCACAGGUUUGGGGAAAACAGUAUUGCACCGGCAAGCCAUGAUAAAGAGCAGCACUAUGUUGGUCUGGUGAUCAGCAAACAGAAAGACAAUCACUUGCAGAAUAAAGUUUAUGCCUUCUAUAAGGAAAAGAACCGAGAGACAGACUUGGACAGUGAAAUGUGGCUCCCUUUUGUGACACGGGUUUGCAUGGCCGAUCGUGGCGGUCCCAAGAACACCUUGCAGUCCAGCUGGACAUCCCAGAUGAGUGCCAGGCUCUUUUGUGGAGAUCCUGACAGCGGACAGCAUUUCUCUGAGCUGGUGGACGUGGCUACUGUGCGUGCAAAGCAUUGGCAGGAUACCAGGGUUUAUGCACUCUUCAGAAAUGAAUGGAACAUGAGUGCUGUUUGUGUCUACUCAAUACAAGAUGUUGAAAAGAUCUUUCUGUCCUCCGCGUUCAAAGGCACAGACCUCCAAACAGGCAGGCGUAGGGAGUGUGUUCUAGACAGUACAACGAUUCCUGUAAACAUCCUGAACAUGAUCGUGAAGAAUUCAGAGAUGGAGAAAUGGGUCCGGCCUGUGGACAAUUCUGGCCCACUUCUCUUUAACCACCACAGCUACACUCACAUCUACGUUGAUGGCUCCCAGAACAAGGGAAACAACAACCAUGUAGUUCUGUUCCUGUCUCUAAAUAAUGGAGGUAUUCAUAAGGUGAUGCAGACUAAAAGUCAGACCUUUGUCAUCGCUGAGUACCGGCCUUUCAACCGCAGCACCCACAUCCUCAGUAUGAUCCUGGACCCAUCCUCUAGGAAGCUCUAUGUGAAUUCAAAACAUGAAGUGGUCCAAAUGGAUGUGGCAAACUGUGCCCAUUACGGAAACAGCUGUCAGCUAUGUGUCUUGGCCAGAGAUCCUUACUGCGGCUGGGACAAGACACAAUGCACCCCUGAAACAAAUGGCACUUGGUUGCAGGAUGUGACCCAAGGGAACCAUGCCAGGUGUCCAUCUCCAUCUAAGGACCAGGGAAAAGCAUUUAGAUAUUCCACUGAAACACAGACAGAAGAGGCCAAGGACAGCAUCAAACUUCUCCCCAAGUCCAAGUACUUCCUCCAGUGCCCAGUGACAUCCCAUCAUGCACAGUAUACCUGGCAUCACCUUGAAAACAACACAAAUGACGUAUCCUGCAACCCAAGGGAGCAGCGGUGCCUUCGCCUGAUUGACAGCAUGGGUCCCAAGCAGGAGGGAACGUAUAUAUGUGUAUUGGAGGAGAUGGGCUACAGCAAAGUCCUGACACAGUACCGACUAGAGUUAAAGAGCAGGGCAGCAGACCGUGCGUCAAACUCACUGAUCUGGUUUUGUUUAAUGGCUGUUCUGAUCAAGAGUAUGUCCCGUUAGUCCUAAAUAAUUAACAUGAUGUGAAAACAAUGCUCAUAAAUGACGCUUCCUACUUUUAAGAGUCUAUAGUCUUACAAUUGCUAUGCCCGCAAUAUUAUAACUAAAAUAUAUAAUAUUAACAUAAUUUUUUUAUAGUUUUUUACAAGUCUAAUUAAUAAUUAUUUUCUUAAAAGUAUGCCUGUCUCUGUGGGCCCACCACCCACAGGGCCAGGCACCAAUAAGGACAGGCAUUAGGGUUGAGUGCAGUGUGUGCUGGGCAGCAGGCAGGGGGGUCGGCAGCACAGGCAUGUUGACCCCUCUGGCUGGCUCUAAGACGGGGAAUGUUACGUCUCUGGUGAGCCCAGCUAUAUCUAGAUGGUACCGCUCCUCCUCCUGAUCCAGCUUCGGUUCCUUCCCCACCAAACUCCUGGAGAGGGGCUGUGUUGGAGUUCUCCCCAGGCAAUGAGAGGGACGCUGAGAGAGAGUUCUCUGACCGCUCUUUAUGCCUAUGCAGCUCGAAGUACCUACCCUUCUUGGUGUCUCUGGACAGUGUCCUGGAAAGGGUGCCAAACAGGGACUCCAUAAUUCUUCGGGGGACUUCUACAUGGACAAUGAUGGAGAAAUCUGGCGGAAGUGAUUGGGAGGAAUGGCCUGCCUGAUCUAAACCUGAGUGGUCUUAUGUUUUUGGACUUCUGUGCUGUUCAUGGAUUGUCAAUAUUGAGCACCAUGUUCGAGUACAGGCAUGUUCAUAAGUGUACUUGGUACCAGAACACCCUAAGCCAAAGAUCUAUGAUCAACUUCAUGGUCAUAUCAUUUGGUCUGCAGCCUUAGGACACUCGGGUGAAGACAGGACCAGAGCUGUCAGCUGAUCACCACCUGGGGGAGAAUUGAAUCAGGUGGCGGGGGAGGCUGCCGGACAUAGUAGAUUUAAAAAAUUUAAAUAAAUGAAAAAGAUCGAACUAUCUUUUUGAACAAUUGAACAUAUGCAUAAUUUUAGACUUUACAAAAUGUUAUUGAUAAGUGUCUGUUAUUGAAACAUUUUAAAAUUCAAGCAAGACGAUGCUUCUCUUCCGCUACCAUCUUUUGAUUAAGACAUACAUGUAGAGUUGCAACAUGGGAAACUAGUUAAAAGUUGUUAAAAAAAACUCUGGGGGUUUGAAAUAUUGCAAGGGAUUAGUUUUCAAUAAACCAAAUUCUUAGCUGGAAUGUGAUAAUACUACAUGAACUGGUACAAGGGUGUGCCGCAUGUAGGAAAUGUGUUUGGGUAGCCUUAAACCAGAAUCAUGGAGGUGAAAGCGUCACGAGUCCUAAGUGUGAUGGCAGCAUGAUUACAUUCCAGUUCUUUUGAAAUACAGCCUGUUUUACGUCCAUUUCCCUGUAAUGUGAAAUACUGUCUGAAUGUACAUUCUGUCUUAGCUGUAUUUUCUUGCAAAUUACCUCAUACUUGCUAAACUGGUCUUUGACUUUUUGUGUUUGUCAAGACUUCUCUGCCAGUCAAGUUCAUAUUGUGAAAUGUCCUGUUAAUGUUGAAAAUACUAUGUUGAAAUGUUGUUUUUUUUCUCCAACCAUAUCUGUAUUUGGCAAAUGAGGUGUGCCUUUAUUUUUGUUCUGCUUUGGUACCUGUAAUCCAUUUUAGCAUGUUAUUAUGCAAAGCUGUAGACAUUUAAGAUGUGUCUUGGUCUGUUUGCAAUGUGCAUUGGUACGCAUUUAAGUGGAGAGGCAACAAACAGAAUAUCAUUUGAAUGCAUCUACUUUUCCAUUGUCGGCUGUGAUAUCUGCAGCCGUGUCCUUGUAGGACUGCAGUGAUUGAGGGCAGUUAACAUCAAGAGGGAUGUCCGUCAUUGUUUUUGAUGAAUGCUUUGAAAAAAUUGUGAUGAACUAGUAUGAUCAUGUUUGUAGUGUGAUAUUCAAUGUUUUACUUCUGAUCAAUUAAUACUUGAGCUUUGCAGUUGAUUUAUUUAGAUAUAGAUUAUUUUUGUUAUUUAAAAAUAUGUUUCCAUCCA